CCCCGCCACGCUCCGCGUCGUCUCGUCCCUUUGCUCCCCUCCUUUUGGCGAUUCCCGAACCGUAAGCCCUGCUCUGGUAUAUAUGCAGGCUGCCCGAGCCGGUCGUCACAGUUGUCCUGUCUGCAGCACAGAACUCCAGAACCAUGUACAAGCUGGCCAUCCUCCCCCUCUUCUUCGCCGCCGUCUCGGCUGGCUACCUGGGUGCCCCCGUGGCCUCAGUGGCGUACUCCGCCCCCGUGGCUGCCCCCGUGGCCUACGCCGCCGCCUCUCCCGUGGCCUACGCCGCCGCCCCCGUCGCCCCCGUUGCCUACGCCGCUGCUGCACCCGUUGUUAAGACCAUCGCUGCCCCCGCAGUUGCUACCUACGCCGCUGCCCCCGCACUCUCCGUCCACCCCGCCCCCAUCGUGAAGGCUGUGGCUCCCGCCCCCAUCGCCUACGCUGCCGCUGCCCCCGUUGUUAAGACCAUCGCUACCCCCGCUGUCGCCACCUACGCCGCUGCCCCCGCUGUGGCAUACGCUGCUCCUGCUCCCAUUGUUAAGAGCUUCGCCGCUCCCGCCGUCGCCACCUACGCCGCCGCCCCCGCCGUCGCCACCUACGCCGCCGCCCCCGCCGUCGCCACCUACGCCGCCGCCGCCCCCGCCGUCGCCACCUACGCCGCUGCCCCCGCUGUCGCAUACGCUGCUCCUGCGCCCAUUGUUAAGAGCUUCGCCGCUCCCGCCGUCGCCACCUACGCCGCUGCCCCCGCUGUGGCGUACGCUGCGCCUGCCCCCAUUGUAAAGAGCUUCGCCGCUCCCGCCGUCGCCACCUACGCCGCUGCCCCCGCCAUCGCCCACACCACCCUGGUCCACUAAUUUAUUUGCAACAAUGUGAUCCCCGUUAAUUUAUUUUCACCAUCAUGCACGCUGGUCGUGCACCUGCUCAAAGUUUCGACGACAUGCCCCCCAAAAUAAAUACGCUCAAUUUUAAACAGAAAUUCUGAGAAAAAUCGUGUUG